AUGGAAGAUCAAGACAAAUGGCACAAUUUGAGGCAUGACAACAAUGCAGCGUGCUGGCCGCGAAGCCAUUCGAUUCGAAAAUACGACCGUUUCGUGUCGUACGGUGACAUGGCGGCGGCCGUAAGAAGGCCGAAUAAUAACAAUAAAUCUUCCAUUUGGACACAACUAUGGAGGAAGUUGAAGAGAGAAAAUAAGAAGAGUGUGUUGCGUUGUUCGAACUCGACGAGGUUCACUUACGACGAACAUUCUUACUUGCAAAAUUUUGAUCCGGGCUUUGUGUGCUCCGACCCGGAUGACCUGUCACGUUCGUUUUCGGCCCGGUUCGCGGUCCCCUCGAGAAUCUUCGAUAAACCAAUAUUGAUGGUGUGA